AUGACCUCACGAGGGAACAAUAGCCUAUCAUCCAACCCUACAACUACAAAUACAACAACUACGGGUUUAGACAAUACCUCUGGUCCUGUUACUAAUAGUAAUGGUGCUGCUUACACAUAUCGUGAUGAUGAUCAAUCAACAGUCUUUGAUCCUAAUGAUAAUUUAAAUAAUGAGCCUCUAUCUGAUACAGAAACGUUAAAUACGUUUAACACAUUUCUUUCUGAAUCAGAUACAAUAGGUGAUUUGCAACGAGUUGGUUAUAUCAACCAUUGUCCGAAAUUUAAUUCUAAAAGAUCUUUACCCUUUGUUUCCAUCUUAUUAAAUAAAGGGUUCUAUUGUUUUUCUAGUGAAGUUUCAUUAAAAUUGUACUUACAAAAGAAACAUCAUCAUCAUGCGAAUACCUCUGCUAAGAAAAAUGUAAAUAAAAGCAACGAUUUUGAUUUCAAUAACGGUCUUGAUAUCCCAUUAUUUCAUGGCGUUCCUAUAAAUCUAGUUAAAUCAAUCUUUGCUAGUUCAAAAAAUUCAAAUUAUAUGCAAAUCAUGAAAAUUUAUAAAUAUAAGAUUAUAAAUUUUAAUUUAGAUACAAAUGUAGACUCAUUACGAGAUAAUACUGAUGAAGUAACACCUUUCAUAACAGAAGAACCAACUUUGAUAUCCAAAAAUAACGAUCGUCAAUUAUAUAAGUUCCUAUUCUGUGUCAUUUAUAAACAAACAUCAGUUGACGACUCAAAUAGAAUCAUCCAUCAUGUUGUAUUUAAUAAUAAUAAAUCUUAUAAACUGGUUAAUUAUAGAGAUAGGAAAAAUUCAGACACCUCUUUAAUUGAUCCUACAACUGACGUGGAAUUAAACCUACGUUGGUUUGGGACCACUGGGUUUUCUUCGCCGUUUGGUUCCAAUAAUAUUAAAUUAUUGGUUUUAGAUAAAGAUAUGCCCUCAUAUAUCAACACGCCUGAUAUUAAUGAAUUUAAAAGAAAAUAUGCUUCAACAUCUCAUUCAAUGAGACCAUUAGGCUAUCUACCUGUUUGGGCAAGAUAUUCAGAUGAUAAAGCUACGGUAAUUCCAAGAAAAAGAAUCUUAAGAUUGGCUGACUUGGAUAUUAAUGAAACAAUACCCAUCCAAGAUAAUGGCAUCAAUCAUGUUCCAUGGGAAACUCAAGUAUUGGCUUGCAUGGCAAUGCUACUACAUGAUUAUGAAUCAAGAAAGGAUAAAAGGCAUGGUAACGGUAAUUCUUCUUCAUUAGCCAGUUCUAAUACCGAAUAA